GAUCUAUCUAAAAACGAACAAUGGGGCUCCGAAUUAUCGAAUCAUAGCCGUUGAUCUAAACAAUCCAGAUCCCACAAAUUGGACCACAUUAGUACCUGAACAUGAAAAUAAAUCCCUGAAAUUUGCAAUCAUCAUUGACAACGACAAGAUUGUCCUGGAACAUCUGGUGAAUGUCUGUAGCAGACUGGAAGUACGUUCAUUGAUCGAUGGUAGUCUUAUUCAAUAAAUCGACAUACCGUGCGGUUACGUGGAUUCGAUGUGGGGAACGAAAUCGCACAACGAACUGUUCUAUCGAGUUGUCUCGUUCCUCAUUCCAGGAAUAAUCUAUCGCAUAGAUCUGAAGCACACACUGUACAAACCGGAAGUGUUUAGGGAAACCAAAAUUGCCGGCUUCGAUGCCUUCUAAGUUCGUCGCGAAGCAAGUCUUCUAUCCGAGCUACGAUGGAACCCUCAUUUCGAUGUUUAUGAUUCACAAACAAAAUCUCGUACGUAAUGGCAGUGCCAGCACUCUUUUGUAUGGCUAUGGAGGAUUCAACAUCGAUAUUGUUCCCGAAUUCAGUCCAAGCCGAAUAGUUUUUCUGCAAAAUUUUAAUGGAGUGUAUGCUGUUCCCAAUAUUAGGGGAGGAGGGGAGUACGGUACCCAAUGGCACAAAGCUGGGCAAUUACUCAACAAACAAACGGUUUUCAAUGAUUUCCAUGCAGCAGCCGAGUAUCUCAUAGCCGAAAAUUACACGAUCGCAUCGAAAAUUGCAAUUAUUGGUUCAUCAAAUGGCUUGUAUUAAUCAACGCCCCGAAUUAUAUGGUGCUGCUGUGGCGCAGUUCGGAGUUCAUGAUUUGCUGCGCUACCAGAAAUUCACCAUAGGAUACGCUUGGUGUCAAGAAUACGGUUGUUCUCGUGAUGGAAACAAAACCGUUUUCGAGAAUUUGUAUCGCCUUUCUCCGUUACACAAUGUACGCAUGCCGAUCGACAAGAAUGUACAAUAUCCAUCGGUGCUUCUUACUACCGGCGAUCAUGACGACCGUGUCGUCCCACUCCAUUCAUACAAAUUAAUUGCCGAACUGCAAUACAAAAUCGGUAGAGAGGAGCGACAAACGAAUCCGUUGAUGAUAAAAAUUCAAAUCAGUGCUGGGCAUGGAAGUGGCACGACCGAUGAGGAGGCUGAAAUUUACACCUUCUUGGUUGAAUCUGCUGGGUUCACGUUUAAUCCAUAACAUUCACAUCAAGGGACUCUCAAAGUAACAUCAAUAUGGAGGAUGAUGGACUUACUACUAUAGGUCAUGUGUAGCUUUCGUGAAUUUCAAAAUUCAAUAGAUUGGAAAAUAAAACUUCGUGU